AUGAAGUGGUGCACCAUUCUCGGUAUUGUUAGCUGGUCCGGUCUGCUAUUGCCACUGCUCGUGGCCACAUCCCCCGAUGGCUAUUUGAAAAUGUUUCCGGUGCAAUCACAAUUUGAUCCUUGCUACGAUGAGGACCGACCACGACGCUGCGUUCCAGAUUUCGUAAAUGCUGCAUUUGGAAUGUCCGUUGUGGCCUCCUCCACUUGCGGACUUCGGGGGCCGGAGGAGGUGUGUGAUAGUCACGAGAUCCGCGGUCCCUGCCAUCAAUGUGAUGACUCCAUUCCCCGCAAAAGAUUUCCCGCUUCCGCUCUGACGGAUGUGAAUAACUCGAACAAUGUAACUUGCUGGCGCUCGGAACCGAUUCCAACUCCCUGGGGCGUGAAUGCCCCACCAGACAAUGUUUCGCUCACAUUGUCUCUCGGUAAAAAAUAUGAACUUACCUAUGUGAGUAUGACUUUUUGCCCAGCAGCCGUGAAACCGGAUUCCAUUGCCAUUUACAAAAGUGUAGACUUCGGAAAAUCUUGGCAACCGUUCCAAUUCUACAGCUCCCAAUGCAGACGUGUGUACGGGCGACCGAAUAGAGCUACCAUUACCAAGUCCAACGAACAGGAAGCUCGCUGCACCGAUGCCCACAGACAUAUGGGCGAAUCGACUGGCAUUCAGGGAUCUCGAAUUGCUUUCAGUACCCUGGAAGGGCGUCCUUCUGCGUCCGAUUUUGACUCUUCGCCAGUGCUGCAAGAUUGGGUUACUGCAACCGAUAUUCGGGUGGUAUUUCAUCGUCUUCAGAUGCCACAGGAAUCGAUGGAAGAUUUGAUUCUGUUGGGUUCACCGCAAGUACCAACAUCUUUUAGACAGAAGAAAGAUCCAUUUAGCUUUAACGGCAUUGAGAACUACGACGACGUGAGUUCCACGAUUGCUACCGUUCCAACGGUUCCCAGCCUCACGCAUCAUUAUGCCGUCUCGGACUUUGCCGUUGGAGGGCGCUGCAAGUGCAACGGACACGCCGCAAAGUGUAUUUAUGGGCGCGAUGGUGAAUUAUCCUGCGACUGUAAGCACAAUACGGCCGGUAGAGACUGCGAACGAUGCAAAGCGUUCUACUUUGAUCGACCUUGGGGACGGGCGAAUGCCAGAGAAUCCAACGAGUGCAAAAUGUGCAAUUGCAAUGGACACGCGCGUCGCUGCCGGUUCAACAUGGAACUGUUCAAGAUGUCCGGCCGCAUUUCGGGUGGUGUCUGUCUCAACUGUCGGCACGCGACCACCGGCAGGCACUGUCACUACUGCCGCGAGGGCUACUAUCGGGACGCAACGAAGCCGGUAACCCACCGGAAGGUGUGCAAACCUUGCGACUGCCAUCCCAUUGGAUCAUCGGGUAAAACUUGUAACCAUACAACAGGCCAGUGUCCAUGCAAAGACGGAGUCACGGGGCUUACCUGCAAUCGGUGUGCCCGAGGAUACCAGCAAAGUAGAUCCCAUAUUGCACCCUGUAUAAAAAUCCCACGUGUCAUCAGCAUCGUACAUCCGCAGAAUACGGCACCCGAUCCUCAGCGACACGAUCCGGACGAACCAUCCUACCGAACGGAUGCCGGAAGGGAGUGCGGAAAAUGCAAGAUCGGCACCAAGCGGCUAAAUCUAAGCAAGUUUUGCAAAAGAGAUUACGUAAUAAUGGCCAAAGUGAUAGCAAAGGAAACGAAGAUCGACAACGGAAACCUAAAAAACAGCAACAGCAACAGCAACAACGACGACGUAGUAAGGUUCAUACUAAGCGUCCAAAAGGUGUUCAAAAAAAGCCCCAGUCCAAGCAGCCCCCUGGCGGUAGCCCUGAGAAGGUCCUCCCACGUAACGUUCGUCGUGGAAGCCAAAGAUCUCGAAUGCCGUUGUCCGAGAGUCAAAGUGAAUAGAUCCUAUCUGAUCCUUGGUCGGGACACUGAAGGGCCACCGGGAGCGCUCGGUAUCGGACCUCGCUCGAUCGUCAUCGAAUGGCGUGAUGAAUGGCAUCGACGAUUAAGGAAAUUUCAGCGACAAGCAGCACGCACUUGCCACUAA